AUGGCCCAGAGCCCACCACGGCAUCAACCUCAAUUUUCACGACCCGACCAAUUCCCUAGUACAGGCUCCAAGAUGGCAAUGAUUGCUGUUCCAACUCCUCCCCCCAGCUCUGCCUUUCAAAAUGGGCGUUGGGGAGCCCGCUCGUCAGACUAUGCCACCCCACGAGCUGACCCCAAUCCUGUUGCUCUUCCUUCUAUUCGACAGGCAAUUCCUGAAAUCCACCUAGCCACAAACACGGAUCGCCAAGGACGCCCAUCACACCCAUCUAAACACACUCAAGGCUGGACAGAUUCUGCUCCUACCGGCCACUCGGAGUAUAUCCACUCGCCAACCAGCAAGAGAAGGCGCAUCUCUAACGAUCUGGAGACCGAAUCCCUCCGCUCCCACCAAGUUCCUCGCCUCUACCCCAGCCCCGAGCGCCCAGCUUCGAGCAACAUCUCGCCCAGCUUCCAACGGCCGCCUACCGCCGAGGACAGCUGGAGGAGCCAGGCGCCUGCGCACUACAAGUCUUCCAUGUCUGCUUCUCCCGAGUUUGCGAACCGUGAGCACCGGCCUUCUCUCCACAGCUUGCCUCUACCGCCUGGGUUGGAACGUGGUCGCGAUGGACAGUACGCCGACGACUACGUCGCUCGUCAAAGAAUGGAGGAAUACCAUGCCGGACACUCCAGCAGAAGUCCCGUGUUCAAUUCUCGACCUUACGAUAAUGGUAACAGGUUUCGCCAUCCCAUGUCUGCAGGCCCGGUACGCUCAGAAGAGCGCUCGCCCUUUGCCCCUUCACGGUAUUUUAUGCCGCAGCAUGACGUUGCUCGAUAUAAUGAGGGAAUGAUGGGCAUUGGGGGAGAAACCAAGCAGCGCAAGCGUCGUGGCAAUCUUCCCAAGGAGACUACUGAUAAGCUGCGCUCUUGGUUCGUUGCUCAUCUGCAGCAUCCUUACCCUACUGAGGAUGAGAAGCAAGACUUGAUGCGUGUAACAGGUCUACAGAUGAACCAAAUCUCCAACUGGUUCAUUAAUGCUCGCCGACGACAGCUCCCCACAAUGAUUAACAACGCUCGUGCCGAAAAUGACGCUAUGCACAAUCGUGUUGGUGUCGAUCGAGCCUCUAUAGGCAGCGCUGAUAUGGAUGUUACCGGUCUUGACUGCGAGAGCACGUACGAUGCUAGCCCACGCAUGCAUAGCGUUGGCGAUCUCCAGCGAGACUAA